CUGUGUUGUCUGACGAAUAAAAGCUGUAGCCUAUAGAUCGGUGCAAGGCUUUUAACCGGGUACAACCAGCCAGGCUUUAAGGAAGUAUUUCCCCUCAAAUAUAGAGCAGAGGUUACAACCGAGCGAUAGAGGUCUGUAAAGAGUAGGCAAGCAUGAGCGACAAGGGGACAGUUUCACCGAAGGAGAAGGAGGCACCAGAAAAGAGGGGGCGUGGAAGACCCCGCAAGCAGCCACAGGUGAACACCUCUGACGAACCAAGUGGAUCUCCCACUCCAAAGAGACCCAGAGGACGACCGAAGGGCAGCAAAAACAAGGGCGCCAAGGGCAAAAAGGCAGCAGCAGCCCCACCUGCAGGUGGAAAGCGCAGAGGACGACCUAAGAAGGAGGAGAAGGAGGAAAAGGCAUCCCAGGAAUCGUCUGAGGGGGAGGAGGAGGAAGAAGAGGACCAGUAAUUCACAACGCAUGCUACCUCACUCAACAUACUGACUUACUGUUAACCAGAACUGGGCUGUAUCUUCAACACCAGUGCCACCACAUGACCACUGUUAACGACUAAAGCCCCUCUUUUUUUCGCCAAAAAAGAAAGGGUUAACACAGUACAAACAUCAUGCAACAGCACUGGAUAGAAUGAUGGACCUUGCUCAUGCAUAGAUCUAAGAUUACAGGAAAGGUGUCAGCCCUUUUCUCUACAUGUCAUGAUAUCACAGAGUCUUUUAUACUGGACAAAAAGUGUGCUCUGACGAGCCUGGACGUUUUCCGUUUUUACCCUAAAGAAGGUUCUUAGGACAUUUUCUCUGCUUAAUGUUACUUAUUUGUCGAACCCACAUCUGGGAUAGUAGGGUGUUUAGGUUUUUCUCCAUGUUUUGUACUGGACAAAGGUGAAUUUUACCGAUAGCUUGCUGUUUUUCUGUUCCAUGUGUGUUUUGUGUGAAGUGGUUAACCUCUCCUUUUGCAUCGUAUUUUAGAUGGAGUUGAGCUUCAGUGAGUCUGGUGAGAAUAGGUAUCUGAUGGUAGAAGUGUUUUCCAUUCUAUUCUGCAUAACUGAUUUCUCUCUCUCCCCUCUUUUCUCACUAGUAGAGUCAUGUUAACCACCCUCUCCUCCUGUAGACCAGUUUAGCUUUAGCUCCUCGAACUUUCUGCGCGGUCCUUGGCAUCUAGUGGGAAGAUGUUAGGUUUAUUGUUAGUGAUCAGAAUAGAUUUACUGUUUUUGUUCCUUCGGGUUACAUACCAUUUACAAAAAAAAAAAACAUGAGUGUGCUGCUUAUUCAUAAUAUAAUAAACUCAACCUUGUUUAGUAUAUAACGUGUGUUUUUAAAGAUGGCAGAGUUCUAGGCUGAGAGCAUCAGUGUCGUUUCUUCAGGGAGCUUUUACAAAUGCUGUUAUAUUUGGCGUCUUUUGUCUUCACAUGGGUCCUCCGUUUUUUUUCCAAGCGCCCCCAAUAACUUGUCAGGCAAAUCAGUUGGUCAAACACAGAGUUUGAUUGUAACAGAGGAUAGUUGGUGGCACCUCCUAUCCGAUAGGGCUGUACGUUUUUUGUUUUUUUCUCAUUCCAUCUAGCUCUCACAGCUGCACCUAGCUUGGUCCCUCUGCCAUCACGUAGUACAGUAAUAUACUUUUUCUUAGUCUUGACAUGUGUGUUUGUAUGCUGUCUGCUACAGGAAUAUAAAGAAGAUGUUUGUGUAUUUCUAAGUGUCAGGGAACCCGCGGUCACAGUCCACUUAACUGGGUUUUUCCACACACCUAAGCUGCUACAACCUCAGUUAAAACCCGGAAAACUGCAAGCAGGCGAUACAUGGCCUGGGAUUUCAUACCUCACUUGACAGCUUACUUUACCAUAUUAUGAUUGCAUUUAACUGGUUUCUGUUGUUUUUGAAAUGUAACCUCUGGCUUGAGUUGGAAAGGUGUCAAUUACAAAGUUUAUUUUUUUUUCGUUUUAGCCUGACUGUAGUGAGUUGAUUGUGAAACAUCAACUUUGUGAUUGUGUGCAAACGCAGCACGUCUAUAGCUCCUUCAGAACUUGAGCUUGCAGACAGGUGUUUUGUUUUUUUUGUGUGUGUAAAUGUGUGAAGCAAGUCAGGGAGACCUGUCAGCGCGACAACUGUGUUUGCUGACUGUGGUAGAUUAGCAGGUGUGUUUUUAAAUUCUGGUGCACUGAAAUGUUGGUUCAGAUUUUCAUGGACAAAUGUGUGUGAGAGUGUGUGUGUGUGUGUGUGUGUAUGCAUGUGUGUGCGGUUGUGAUAGACUGGGCACUCUUUCCACUUAACUUGUUCUGUUGGCCACAGUGUGUGAUUGGCAAAAUCACACUCAGCCACCCACGCCAUACUCAUACAAACGGUCAUUUCAUGUCUCUUCUCAACAUCCUCCAACUCUUCUGGACAAUAUCAGCUUCAUAACUCAUUUCAUCUUGCACCCGUCAUUUAUAUACUGUAAACUCAACAGGAUGGGAUCAUUCUUUUUAAUGUACACCGUAUAUAAAUGUACAAUGUCUAUAUUUCUAUGGUGCCCUACAACAAUUUGUAUCAGAAAUGGUCAAUAAAGAGAAUUUUCUUUGUCA